AUGGAUACAUGGGAUGAUGCCAAACUCCAAAGUGUCGUCAUUUCCAAACACGCCAAUUCAAAAACUACCACCGAGAUUGUAUGUAAAAACUUUAUAGAAGCUAUCGAGUCGGGGAAAUAUGGAUGGUUUUGGGAAUGCCCAUCAGGAGGUGUGAACUGCAAGUACCGACACGCUCUACCUCCAGGCUUUGUUCUGAAAGCGCAGAAGAAGAAAGACGCCGAGGAGGCGAAGAAGAACAAGCUCAGUCUGGAGGACUUCCUGGAACGGGAGCGUCAUCAGUUGGGCAAGACUCUGACCCCGGUGACCAAAGAAUCGUUUGCCAAAUGGAAGGCCAAGCGUCUGUCGAAGAAAAAAGUCGAAGAGGAUGGCAAACGCAAGUUGAAAGAACAGCAAGCUGCGGCUGGAAGGAUGAAUGGGAUGAGUGGAAGAGACUUGUUCAUAAAGUGUACAUACGCUUGCCGGGAGGGGUUCCUCCCGGCGGUGUGA